GAUGAGUCAUGGGGGAGGGGGGCGUGACGCUGCCGGCCCAGGCAUGCCCUGGGACGUCAUAUAGGUGUUUACAGGUGUAUAUAAAGGGCGACUGUUUGGUGUAGACAUCAGAGUGUGGUACGGGUGGAACAGAAUUCAGUCCUACCCGUAUAAACCCGAUAAAGAAGCGAUUUGACCACACUACUACAUGCUAGUCCGACUUCUAUGGUCUCCAAGCGUUAGUACUAAGGCUGCGAGAACCCUCAACCUCCAGAAAUCAUUACAUCACAGCCCCGUAUUGAGAAGAGCAGCAUCUUUUGUCAGUAGCAAGGCCUGUAACUACCUCUGGAAACAUUGGCGCAGCAGUCCAGUGUGUAUCCCAGCUGCCUUCUGUAACACACGGAUACUGAACCCCUGGAGUAGCACCAUCCAUACAGGAGUUAGCAUCAUGUCGGAACAGAGGUUCUGUGUCGAGUACGCCAAACAGGGCAGGGCCGGCUGCAAGAAGUGCAAGCAGAAGAUCGAGAAGGGUCUCCCCCGCAUCGGCAAGAUCGUUCCCAACUUCUUCCACGAGGGAGACGGGGAGAUGAAGCAGUGGUAUCACGUCGCCUGCAUCUUCGAGACGUUCCAGAGGGCGCGCGCCACCACCAAGAAGAUCGAGGAUGCCUCAGACUUGGAGGGCUGGGAAGACAUGGAGGAUGAGGAGAAACAAACCAUUCUCAAGCUCAUCAAAGAGUUGGAGAGCAAGGCAAAGUCUCCUAAGAAGAAGGUUGUCCAGGCGACACUGUCUACUAAAGGAAAAAUUCAGUCUCCCACCAAGAAGGCUGCUAGCAGUGCCACUGUCUCAGAUGAUUCCCCAGCAGCAGGCCCAUCAUCAUCAUCAUCAGCCAGUACCUCGGUGUCGAUGACCUCCCCCACCCCCACCCCUGACAUAGACCACAAGGACAACGCGUUCCGAGAGUUCCGCCGGCUGUGUGCGCUCAUCGCCGAGGAACCGGGCUACAACGCCAAGACUAAACUGGUGUCAGACUUCCUGAAGAAAGGAUCCAAUGGAGAUGGAUUUAAGGGCGACACUUUCCUGGUGGUGAAGCUUCUCCUUCCCGGGGUAGUGAAGAGAGUGUACAACCUGAACAACAAGCAGCUGCUCAAGCACUUCGCUAACAUCUUUGGGGUCAACCUGGCAGACAUGUUGACUGACCUUGAGCUAGGCGACGUGUCGGAGACUGUGCGGAAGUUUUUUGAGGAGAGCGAACGUUGCCUGCCGGCCAAGAAGAGCAAACUGACCAUCCAGGAAGUGGACGAGAGUCUGGAGAUCCUCGCUCAGAUGACCAAGGAGGACGACCAGAUGAGGGAGCUCAACAAGAUUGCAAAGAAAUGCACAGCCAAUGAUCUAAAGGUGGUUGUUCGUCUGAUCAAACACGAUCUCCGAAUCAACGCGGGAGCCAAGCACAUCCUGGAGGGACUGGACCCCAACGCCUACCCAGCAUUCCAAGCUUCCCGUAACCUAGCGGACGUGGUAGAGAGGGUCGUUGCCAACGGUUGCGCGCCCGGGAUGAAAAAGUCGCUCAGCAUCAAGGCUAACCUGAUGACACCAGUGCUGCCAAUGCUGGCUGAGGCAUGUAAGUCCGUGGAGAUGGCCAUGAGAAAGUGUCCUAACGGGAUGUACGCAGAGAUAAAGUACGACGGGGAGAGGGUGCAGGUCCACAAGCAGGGCAACAAGUUCGAGUACUUCAGCCGCAGUCUCAAACCUGUGCUGCCUCACAAGGUUGCCCACUUUAAGGACUACAUCCCGAAGGCGUUCCCCCACGGCAGUAACAUGAUACUGGACAGCGAGGUCCUAUUGGUCGACACAAACACGGGCAACCCGCUGCCCUUUGGAACCCUGGGAAUCCACAAGAAGCAGCAGUUCAGCGACGCACAAGUCGCCCUGUUCGUGUUCGACUGUAUCUACUUCAAUGGGGAAACCCUUAUGGACAGGCCAAUUUCUGAAAGGAGAAAAUUCCUGGAGGACAACAUGACAGUGAUCCCCAACAGGGUGGUGUUGUCGGAGUACAGAUACAUCACAGAGCCUGGCGACCUGUCGGACAUGAUCGGCCGGGUGAUCCGCGACGGGCUCGAGGGUCUCGUGCUGAAGGACACCAAGAGCAUCUACGAGCCCGGCAAACGACAUUGGCUCAAGGUCAAAAAGGACUACCUAGAGCAGGGCGCCAUGGCGGACACGGCAGACUUGGUGGUGCUGGGCGCAUUCUACGGAACGGGGAACAAGGGUGGGCUCAAGUCGGUUUUCCUGAUGGGGGUGUACGAUCCGGACUCCGACAAGUGGUGCACGGUGACCAAAUGUGGGAACGGACACGACGACAACACGAUCGCAAAGCUCAACAAAGAACUUGACAUGGUCAAGAUCAGUAAAGACGUGUCCAAAGUGCCGAAGUGGCUCAAGAUCACAAAGAACCUGGUACCGGACUUCGUGUGCGCCGACCCGAAGAAAGCGCCGGUUUGGGAGAUCACGGGAGCGGAGUUUAGCAAGUCAGAGGCGCACACGGCUGACGGGAUAUCCAUCCGCUUCCCACGGGUCACCAAGAUUCGCGAUGACAAGGACUGGAAGUCGGCCACGAAUCUAAAGCAACUUAAGCAUCUUUUCAAGACAUCCAAGGAGACCUCUGACAUCCCCGACCUCCUGAAGGGGAAGGGCAAGUCACCACGGAAACCUAUCAAGGUCAAAGUGGAGGAUGAUGAUGAUGAUGAUGAUGACAGCAAUGGUGGUGCCUCCAGCAAUGGGGCCACACCGAUCAAGGGCAUGAAAAGAAAGGCUGAAGAAGAAAGUCCCAGAACACCGAAAAAGUCCAAGCCCACAUGUAGGUACGGCGCAGCCUGCUACCAGACUGGCAAGGAACACCUGGACAAGUUUGACCAUCCCACCAGGAAGUCGCCAAAAAAGACGAACAGCGCUGCUAAGAGUGUCCUUCCUGAUGUUUUCUGUGGCAUCAAACUGUUCCUGCCUGACACAGUGGACAACUAUGCCCUGCUCAGGAGGUACUUUGUCGCGUACGAUGGUGACAUUGUGCAAGACUACGCCAUGUCACAGGCCACACAUGUGGUAGAAGAUCCCGACCAAAAGAACAUGAAUGGUAAGACGGAUGCCCAGCUUGUGACAGUAGACUGGUUGUGGCAGUGCAUCAAGAGGAAACAGCUUGUUCCAGUGUGACCAACUAGUUCGACAAGAUUUAGCUUUUUGCCAACCCUUUGCAAUACAGUCAAACCUGUCUAUAGCGGCCACUCAAGGAACUGGAGAAAUGUGGCCGCUUAAUAUAGACAGGUGGCCACUAUAGAGAAAAUGCUGAUCAAUUGGCCACGAGCAAUAAGUUACACAUGAUUUUGGUACCCACUGAUCUUUCUUACCAAGUAACAUUGUCAAGAUCAUCAAAAAAUUAAACCGACCCUGCCAAAGUCAAAUGUACCAAAAAUGAUUGAUAUUGCCAUGUGGAAUGUUGGUAAAUUUGCACUCUAAUGGCCGCUAUGUGCUAUUUCUUUUUAAUGCUUACUAAAUAGGUCAAUGGAAAAAAUUGAAGGGACUGACAAAAAGUUACCGCAAUGGCCAGGUGGCCACUAUGCAAAGGUGGCCGCUAAUACAGGUUUGACAGUACUUGAACACCUUGUAACAUACCCUACACUGUCCUGGAAUAGGGCUAUAUAAAUUGAAGUAAGUUACAGAUGUUGAAUAAUAAAAGUACAGUACUGGUAGGCAGAAUUAGAUGUAAUGUUACAUAACGUUACAUUGUAUAGGAAUGGAGUUUUGCAAGAUGUAACAGACUUGUGUUAUACCUGAUACAUUGUACAUGUAUUUGAUGUUUGAAAUCUACACACAUUUGUAGUCUUGCAUUUCCAUUUAAAGCAUCUUGAAAUAUUUCUACCCUAUUGUAGACAUGACUUGAAACAAGCAUGUGACUAACGUAAUACCUAGGAUGCAACCUUAUGAAAAUUAUGUACAUUGUGUAUAUACAUGCACUGCUACUGAUAGCUAAAGUUUCAACCAUUGUGACGACUUUGGGGUACAAGAU